UUCAUGUACGGGUGAGAGAGAGAGAAGCAAGACAGAACAGUCUAAAUUUCAUACUUCUUGAUCGUCCAGAUCGUGAACCAACAGCAAUGAGAAAGAUGAAGACCUUGGCCAUCCUUGUCCUCUGUGCUCUGGCAUUUGUGUGCCACUCUAUUGGAGAUUCCUCUACCGCCACUGCCUCAAAGGCUGCUAGUGAGAAGAGAGUGGGUGUGUUUGUUAAGAAGGACCUGGCCUCCACUUUGGUGAGACAGAAGAGAGCCGGCACUGCCCUUGCAGACUUGUCCCUGACUCAGCUGGAGAGUCUGAGGGAAGUGUGUGAGCUUAACUACUGGUGUGAGAACAUGAUGGACACAGCUGGGAUCAUUGCUGCCUACACCGAAUACUAUGGACCAAUCCCAUACUAGAUGUCAACCCACUCCACCAACCAACUUCCAUUCUGCAAGGCUUUUUGGAGAGAAAUUGUUGUAAUGUUUUGAGGAUGUAACUUCUGAAUAAAUCUUUUAAAAUGUAGUAUAAAUUGAUACGGUGAUAGAGGGAGAGAGAGAGAGCGAGAGAGAUAGAGAGAGGACAAUGAGAAGUUAUCAAGAGAACUGUUGAUGCAUUUGGUAAUAUUCUGUAGUGUAGUAUGGACGAUAAAGAUAUCAAAACAUAA